AUGUUUAUAUACUUAUAUUUUUUCUACCUCUAUCUUUCAGCACUCAAAAUAUAUGGCAGUGUGUCACACAAUUCGAACAAAGGAAGGUAUAUCAAGUUUUCUUUUGCCUUCGGAGAAUGGUGAUGAAUAUGUCACAGCGUUUAAGUAUGACAAUAAUAAAGUGGAAGUUCAUUCGUUAAAAAAAGAAUGUGCACCAUUAUAUUUAGAAGAACAUACAUCUGUGAAUAUACUGUCAAAUGAAUCCUUUACUGCAUUAUUAGUAGCGGUUACCCAAAAUGUGACUACAAGUUGUCUUGAUAUACGCUUAUGGGAUGUUGCCAGUGCUCAUGGGUUUACUCCUAAAGACAUUCACUUAAAAGUGGAGUAUAAGAAAGAAGGAAAGUUUCGCUGUACGUAUGAUGUUCAAAAAGUUCUAAAAGAAGAAUUAACACACCAUAUAGUUGCUACCUAUGGAGCUUUGAUGUGUUUGAUAUUAAAUGGGAAAUAUUGUAUUUUAAUGAAAGCGAGGAAAAAUGAUUUGGGUGUAAUAUCGUUUGAUGUUAAAACAUCAUUUCUUUUAACUGAUAUUUCAAACGUUACUGAUGUUCUGUUUUUAAAUGAACAACAGAAAACUUAUCUAGUUUUGGCUGAAGGUUGUAAUGUCAAUAUCAUGCAUGUUGAUGAUGACGGUUUAACUCCUAUUCAUGUCCUUACUGUACCAAUGAAGCGAUCAAAAGGUACUGCUAUAUCUAGAUUGCAUAAGUUGACAUGUUCAAAGUGUUUUGUAAUUGAUGAUGUAGGACAUUUGUCAUUAUUGUGUGUUCCUAACAUGAUAACACCAUUAAAAUUUCCCAGUACUGUAGGUGGGCAUGGAAUAUGUGCCAUUGUUGGUUUCAAGCAUACUUCAGAAGGAAUGCUAGCAAUUUGUAAUAAUGAGUAUACCAUUAAUAUUUAUUCGUUGGCAGAUAUAUUGUGUAGUGUAACAAACUCAUGUAAUGUUAAACCACAUAGAGCACUUUGCAGCCAAUUUCCCAUCAAUUCCUUAACUUUUGUCAGAAGUGAUCAAUUGGCAAUGGCAUCCACGGUAAAUCAAUCCAUAACGUUCUGGGGCGGUUUUUCUUCAAUAUACAAUACAUAAUUUUAUCUUUUAUUGUUAGUGUACCUUGUAUUCUUAUCUUUUGUUCUUGAUUAACAAAAAAUUUAUAGAGUUUAAGUAAAAAAGGUUUUUAAAUCAGAAA